AGGGGAUGACCAGAGACUGCGGACAGUGCAGGGGAUGACCAAGAGACUGCGGACAGUACAGGAGAUGACCAAGAGACUGCAGACAGUACAGGGGAUAACCAAGAGACUGCAGACAGUACAGGGGAUAACCAAGAGACUGCAGACAGUACAGGGGAUAACCAAGAGACUGCAGACAGUACAGGAGAUGACCAGAGACUGCGGACACAGUACAGGAGAUGACCAAGAGACUGCAGGCAGUACAGGAGAUGACCAAGAGAUUGCAGACAGUACAGGAGAUGACCAGAGACUGCAGACAGUACAGGGGAUGACCUGUGGGUACCUGAACUUGACAGAGAAGAGCUGAGCGGCCGGCCCGGUAUUCUGACACGGUGGAAAUACCACA